AUGGCUUCCAACAUGGACCCGUUUAUUGGAGAUCCCGUGUCUCCGUACAGGCAGGAUGCGAAGGAUAUCACCGAUGUCAUCGAAAGACUAAUCAAGGAGCGUGAGCAAGGUCGAGAAGAGGGAGCCAGGGCGCAUUUGGCUGAUGUCGAAGCCCGUCUCCAAGCUGCGAACAAGCACGUGGCUGAUCUCAAGGAAAGCCUCAAGGCCUCGGAGCAUCGCGCUGCUAAAGCUGAGGCUCGGGCUGCUCGAGCCGAACGCGCGGUCGAUUUUCAGAUCGCUCACCUCAAGCUACAUAUCCGAUCUGGCGCUAGUCGGUUGCUCUCACUCGCCCAGUUUUUUGAAGGGUUAGGCAAAGAUCGCGCCUCAACUAACGCCCAUGCCGUAAAUGAGAGUGCUGGAUCCGCGGCCGACGUCAACUCGUCUGUCAAUACCAGAGAGCCGAGCGCUCAACUCGAGGAACCGUUCUCUCCCAGCAACUCAGACACCAGCGACAGCGCAAGUAUCAAAAGAGAGGAAAGCCCCCUUUCCAUCGACCGGGAUCAACCAAGCGAUGGAAGCGGUAUGAGCGACAUGGCCAGCAUAUCUCCAGACGAAGAAAUCGGUCCACUACCCGAAGGCCCCGUCCUCCAACACCUACUAGUCGAUGAAAUCGAUAUGACGAGAGAUUAUGGACCUAUCAGCCGGCCGUAUGGACCUGCAGACGGCCACAAGCGUCGACGAACAGAUUAG